AUGAACCUAAUUCUCGUGAGCCUGAAGAACAUUCGCGAAAAUGAGGAGGGGGAGUUCUUCUUCCAAACGGACGAGCGGCAAACGAGCCAUUUAAGGAAUAUCCUAAAGGUUCAACUGAGGCAAGUUGUUAAAGUGGGUGUUAUAAAACGAGGAAAAGGGGAAGGAGUUAUUACGGAAGAAAGCAAAAAAUAUUACACAAUUAAGUUGUUAGGAGCAAUACAUUUGCAAAAAUCAGAAGACACGUACAUACCAAUUGAUGUAGUCAUUUGUAUCCCCAGACCAAAAGUGUUGAAUAAAUUUCUCCAACAGUUAUCCUCCGUAGGUGUGAAAAAAAUUAUCAUCGUAUUUUCUGAUUUUGCAAAUAAAUCUUACGAAUCAAGUAAAGUUUUAAAGAAUGAGGAAAUAAAAAAUGCUCUUCAACUUGGAUUGGAACAAGCCAUGUGUACAGAAUUCCCCGAAGUUUUUAUUCACUACUCAUUUAGUUCUUUUGCAAUGAAUAUUGACAGAUAUAGUGAUGACAAAACCAUCAAGCUGUGCGCACAUACUGAGGUUAAAAGAAACGACAGCUGUGUAGAGCGAGAUAUUCUAUGUAGAGAGCAAGGGAAGAUACUUCUUAUGGUAGGUUGUGAGAGAGGAUUUUCUGAACUGGAAAUUUAUUUAAUUAAAAAAUUGCAAUUUCGCUUUUUCAAUUUGACGGAACGGAUAUUGAAGUGCGAAACGGCUUUGUUGGUGAUCAUAGGCCAAUUGUUAUUACUUACGGAAAAUGUGUCUCUGCGACCCAGUGGGCGAAAAAUGUGUCGCCAUAAUGACUGUGCCAGUUCAGAGGAUGGUACGGGCAUCCUUCCAACGGAAAACCAUGCUUUCGCCGAAAUUAAAAAGUUGUUAUCGACGAAGUCGUCCUUUCCCCACCAGUUGGUAGAGGCAGUGAACGACUUCAUUAACAGUAGCGCUGGCGUUAGUGACACGCUCGAAAGUAAACCCUAUGAUGAGCAAAAAGAUGGCCACAUAUCCGGAGGGGAGAGUGACGUUGACGCCCUCCUUCGAAGCAUACACGCGCUAAGUACGAAUAAGGAUCAGGAGGAACAUUUUGAAAAUGUCUACCUAAGUCUGCUACUGAAAAAAAUAAAGUACAAAAAUAAAUUUAUUCUGUCCUACGAGGAUCAGCAAAAUAAUGUGGACGACGACGGGGUAUGCAUAUACAGAACGCGUCCGUAUGUAUCGAAAAAAAAGGAACGCACAUCCUGA